AAUAAUAAUUGCUCCCUGAAAAGCGGAAGUGAUAUCGUCCCACCAGUCAGAGCUGUAGUGUUGACAGUCCGGAAUGAUCUGCUGUCGAGCCCUACAUGGCCCUGGACAUUUGCUAGCUAGAAUACACGAAGCAAAAUUUAAGCCAUACCAGGUGUGACCUAAGGAAACUCAAUGCCAGGAGUCAUGUCGUUACAGUCCUGCAAUGUCCCGGGAAUCCCCCCAGAUUUACGCCGUGACGAAACCGUGCACCAAAUAGCAGACUCCUUAGACUAUCUCGAUAAGGUUGCCAAUGAAAUUUUUCAAAGAAUCAAUACAAGAGUGAAUGAUCACCGCACAAGAUUACAAAAAAUAAAUGAUAGACUUAGUCUGGCUCAGGCCAAAGUGGAUAAAAUCAAGGGAAGUAACAAAGCUACUAAAGUGUUCGCUCCGUCGAAGUAUCCAGCUGCUGCCCAUACAGAGGAACAUCAGAUGCUAUUUCCAUCUAGCUCAACUAAUGGCCUAUCUCAAGUUAAACGGCCACACUACCAUGUUCAGCAGAAACACAAGACUCUUGAUGACAAGGCCCUCAAAGACAAGCUGCAAUUCUACAUGGUCCACCUCAACAUUAAGAAGAAGGAGGGGGAGAAACAACAGGAGGGGCUUGGAGGGCUUCCAAAGUCUGUGGAGUCAGUCAGCUCACUGCUGCUCUUCAACACCUCAGAGAAUUUGUAUAAGAAAUAUGUGAUGCUGGAUCCUCUGGGAGUGGUGACCAAAACGCGAACUGCCAUUGAGGAGGAAGAGGAGUUAGCUGAAGCACCCCUCACAAUCGCCCAGCGAGAGGAGCUGCAGCGACAACAGGCUGAUAGCUACUUUUACAUCCCCCACCUGGGGGACGUACCUGAAAUCGCUGUCCCCUCGUCCUUACCUGACCUUCCCGGUGUUGCUGAUGACCUGUGCUACACUGCUGACCAGAUCCAGUCUAUAGCACCUUCAGUGAUGGGAGGAAACAUGCCAGAACUCCCUUCAGUGAUACCAGAGACUGAAGUUCCAAAUGUUUCUGAUAUGUCCGCAACCCCAGGAGGCAGUGCACCUCCACCACCACCACCACCACCUCCGGCCGGACCCCCGCCGCCAGCACCGCCUCCUCCUCCUCCUGGACCUCCCGCUCCACCUCCUCCAGGGGCACCACCACCUCCUCCUCCUCCUCCCCCUCCUGCCCCCGCAGAUGCCCCCACAGGACCUCCCAGUGUGGUUCCACAGGGAGUACCAGAGGUAGUGACUAACUCUGGUGAUAGCCGCUCCAGUCUCAUGGAUGCUAUUAGACAGGCAGGUGGGAUGAAGAAGGCAGGACUGACGAGCGGUAAAGAAAGAAAAGUGGAAAAGAAAAAAAAGAAAAAGGAGGAGAAGGAAGACAAAGGAGGAGGUGGAGGAGGGGACCUUAUGUCUGACCUCUUCAGCAGGCUACAAAUGAGACGGAAGGGUAUCUCCGGUGAAAAAUCAUCGGGUGGCACAGACAGGUCAAGUGGUAGUGAUGCCAGGAGUAGCAAUGGUGGAGCCAUGGAUAAGAUAUCCUCUAUGAUCCCUCCUCCACCCAAACCACAGGAAGAGGAGUCUGAGGAAGAAGAUGACUGGGAAGAUUGAGGGUGAUGCCCUCUCCACAAUUCAUUAUGUGCCACAAUCACUUUAGAUACUCUGAUGGGUAAACAUUGAUUGACAUUUAACCCUGCAGAAAACAUUUAGGUCUUCAUGAUGUGCUUGAAACCUUCUUCAUUUAUAAUUAUGGCAUUGAUCAUAAGAUUCCUUUGCUUUUGAUUUCUUGGUAUAUGAAGAAAAUUGCUUAAAUUCAAUUUACACAUGCAUAGAGUUAAUUGAAGAAUAUAGAUGUAAGAGUAUUGUUUCAUGGUUAAAUUUUAUAAUUAUCACUUCUUACUUAUUGUAUCAUUUCACUUUUUAGUAAAUACUCAUGCAUCUAGUGCAGACAUUUGCACAAUAAUAUAAAGAAAAAUAUUUCAGACUUUUCCUUUUAUAUUGAUAGAAAUAGAAUGUGUAUGAAUUGUAUCAGUUUUAGGUAUCAAAUCUACGACAUUGACAAUUACAUGUGGUAUGAGGAUGUAUGAACUUCAGGCAAGCUACAACUCUGAAAAUUUACUGUAUGACUGUGUAUGAACUUCAGAAAACUUUGACAAUUAUACAGUUGUGGGAUUGCAUAACGUUACAUGCUGUGCAAAGGAUGUGUGCACAUUUUGUACGUGCGAAUGAUGUGCAAACGAUGUAAAUCUGUGCGAUAAUAGCGUGCACACAAUUGUGCGAUAGCUAUUGCACAGUUGUUUUACAGUUGUCGUGGUUGACAUGUUAGGAAUGGCCUGUGAAUUAAUGCAAUUUUGUAUUUAAACUUAUAUCUUUAAUGAUUUAAGUAUGUUACCAUAUUUCAGCCAGAUUUACAUGGUUAUCUUUACACAGUACACAGUGAUGGAUAUAACUAUCAUGUACAUGUAGCAAAAUUGUUUUCAAAUUACCUUAAUAUACAUGUACAAACUGAACACGCAGAUAAAAUGUAAACAAAGAAGCCUUGCCUGUUACCAGUUAUAAUUAUUAUUACCUGUUAAUUACCAGUAAAAUUAUUAUCUGUUAAUUACCACUUAUAAUGAUUAGUACCUGUUACCGGUAAUUAUCAGUUAUAAAAAUGAUUACCUGUUAGAUACCAGUUAUGAAAAUUAUUACCUGUUAAUUACCACUUAUAAUGAUUAUUACUUGUUAAUUACCACUUAUAAUGAUUAUUACCUGUUAAUUACCACUUAUAAUGAUUAUUGCCUGUUAAUUACCACUUAUAAUGAUUAUUACCUGUUAAUUACCAGUUACAAUGAUUAUUACCUGUUAAUUACCAGUUAUAAUAAUGAUAACCUGUUAAUUACCAGUUAUAAUGAUUAUUACCUGUUAAUUACCAGUUAUAAAAAAAAAAUAUUACUUGUUAAUUACCAGUUAUAAUGAUUAUUGCCUGUAAAUUACCAGUUAUAAUGAUUAUUGCCUGUUAAUUACCAUUUAUAAAAAAAUAUUAUUACUUGUUAAUUACCAGGUAUAAUGAUUAUUGCCUGUUAAUUACCAGUUAUAAUGAUUAUUACCUGUUAAUAACCACUUAUAAUGAUUAUUACCUGUUAAUUACCAGUUAUAAUAAUGAUUACCUGUUAAUUACCAGUUAUAACUGUUACCUAUUAAUUACCAGGAAAUGGGUACAUUUCUUGUAUCUAGUCAAUCGUGAAGUAGGUUUGAAAUUUCCAUGCAGAGCGUGACGCCUACUUCACGACUGUCACAGUCCUAAUUAAGCCAGAGAAGGUUCAUGUUUUGAUAAAUGUCAAAUCAUCGCUGCAUAAACACUGAUUGGCGCUCAACUCCGUGUAAUUCAUUACGUACCUGCACUAGUACUUCACCUGACAGUACAACCCCAUUAUCAACAGUUUAACAGGCAUUGUAAUAAUGUGUCACAUGCAUUGAAGAAUUAGAUAAAUUGCAAAAUAUACAGAUCUGAUAUUAAUACAAUGUAUACCUAAUUUCACUUGAGCCUUCUGGAUUUGUUUCAAUCUGUAACAUUGAUCAACCAAUCUUUCCAUAUCACACAUAUGUGCACAUCAGGGCGACUGAUUGUUAAAUCCAACAGUUGUGCACACUGUGAGCAGACGAUGUAUGCACCAUGUGCACACUGUAAAUUUGGUGCAUUGUGCAAUCACAUAACUGUAGCUGUAUGCAAUGUAUGAACUCUAAGUUACCUACAACUGUGAAAACUGGGGACCAAACAUAGCUGACUGGGAAUGCUAUCCAGGGAAAUAUUGUAUAUACAAACAGUAGGAUCAAGAUGUGAUAUUCAUACGGUUGUUAAGUAGAGUGCUUAAAUUAUUAUUACCUGUUUGAGACUUUUUAUUUUUCAUUUAACCCCGGCAGAUAUAUGUAUAUUUUUAUAUGUAGUAUGAUUGACUGCCAUGUGUACAAGCAUUAGGUCAACUCAUUGUGUAGGAUGGUAUCACUAUCCACCCUGGAAUGGAUGGUGGUUCAUUGUGUAGGAUGGCAUCACUAUCCACCCUGGAGUGGAUGGUGGUUCAUUGUAUAGGAUGGUAUCACUAUCAACCCACGAAUGGAUGGUGGUUCAUUGUGUAGGAUGGCAUCACUAUCCACCCUGGAAUGGAUGGUGGUUCAUUGUGUAGGAUGGUAUCACUAUCCACCCUGGAAUGGAUGGUGGUUCAUUGUGUAGGAUGGUAUCACUAUCCACCCUGGAAUGGAUGGUGGUUCAGUGUGAAGGAUGGCAUCACAAUCCAACCUGGAAUGGAUGGUGGUUCAUUGUGUAGGAUGGUAUCACUAUCCCCCCUGGAAUGGAUUGUGGUUCAUUGUGUAGGAUGGUAUCACUAACCACCCCGGAAUGGAUGGUGGUUCAUUGUGUAGGAUGGUAUCACUAUCCUCCUUUGAUAUGGAUGGUGGUUCAUUGUGUAGGAUGGUAUCACUAUCCACCCUGGUGUGGAUGGUGGUUCAUUGUGUAGGAUGGUAUUACUAUCCAACCUGGAGUGGAUGGUGGUUCAUUGUGUAGGAUGGCAUCACAAUCCACCCUGGAGUGGAUGGUGGUUCAUUGUGUAGGAUGGUAUCACUAUCCACCCUGGAGUGGAUGGGGGUUCAUUGUGUAGGAUGGCAUCACUAUCCACCCUGGAAUGGAUGGUGGUUCAGUGUGUAGGAUGGUAUUACUAUCCACCCUGGAGUGGAUGGUGGUUCAUUGUGUAGGAUGGCAUCACUAUCCACCCUGGAGUGGAUGGUGGUUCAUUGUGUAGGAUGGUAUCACUAUCCGCCCUGGAGUGGAUGGUGGUUCAGUGUGUAGGAUGGUAUCACAAUCCACCCCGGAAUACUACUCAGAAACAACAUUCUUCUCCCCAUGUUUAUUUUAAAAAGUGGGGGAACUGAGAACAAGCCUUUGUGCCCAAGGAGUUAUUUAUUGUUCAUCAGCCUGAUUUUUUAAGGAUCCCAACCCCAUCCUAACCUCCUCCCAAUUUUUGAUGAUACAGAUAGUUUAUUUGUAAAUGUAUCAUAAAGUUUAUGCCUGAAUCAGGGCGGUUUGCAAGAACACACAAAUGUGAAAAUUGAACAAUUGUGAUGUACGUGUUAAAUAUGUUAGAGAAUUGUUAUUAAUUCUAAUUGAUGAUUGCAAAGGUUUAUGGAGAUCAAUACUGAAAUGGAAAUAAAUAGAUUCAUAUUUAAAA